GGGCCGGCCGGGCUGCGGAGGCUGCUCCGGCGCCGGGGAGCGGCGGUGCCCGAGGAGGAAGAGGAGGAAAGGCGCGGGGGCCCCUCGGCGGGGCGCAGGGUUCCGCUGAGCCGGCGUGUGCGGCUGCCGGGGUCUGUGGACAGCUGCCCCGCCGCCGCCCGCUCCUUGCCGGCCUCCCGCCGAGGUCCAUGAGUCGCGGGCGGGCAGCGCACCGCGCCCGCUCCCCCGGCUCCGGCAGCGGCCCGUGGCGGCGGUGAGAUGGGGGGCAGCCUGGGCUGCCACCGCUCCAUCCCCCGCGACCCGGCCGACCUGUGCCACAGCCGCAAGUUCAGCGCGGCGUGCAACUUCAGCAACAUCCUCGUCAACCAGGAGAGGCUCAACAUCAACACGGCCACGGAGGAGGAGCUGAUGACCCUGCCCGGGGUCACCCGAGUGGUGGCCCAGAACAUCGUGGAGUACCGCGAGUACAUCGGCGGCUUCAAGAAAGUGGAGGACCUGGCGCUGGUGAGCGGGGUGGGGGCGGCCAAGCUGGAGCAGGUGAAGUUCGAGAUCUGCGUGAGCAGCAAGGGCAGCUCGGCGCAGCACUCGCCCAGCUCCCUGCGCAAGGACCCGGCCUCUGAGCACCACCUGUCCGCCACCAAGAUCAACAUCAAUACCGCCACCCCGGCACAGCUCAUGAGCAUCCGUGGCAUCACUGAGAAGAUCGCCAACAGCAUCGUGGACUACCGUAAAGAGCACGGGCCCUUCAAAAGUAUCGAGGACCUGGUGAGGAUGGACUGCAUCAAUUCCUCCUUUCUGGACAAAAUCAGGCACCAGAUUUUUGCAGAGCGCUCCAGGCCCCCUUCAACGAACACCAAUGGUGGCCUCAACUUCAUGACCAAGCCUCACCCCAGCCCCACCUCUCUAAGCCUCCAGAGCGAGGACUUGGACUUUCCUCCGGGGGGUCCAACCCAGAUCAUAUCCACUCGCCCCUCUGUGGAGAUGUUUGGGGGGGUGAGAGAUGGCAGACCCGUCUUAAGGGUGGCUACGUGGAACCUGCAAAGCUGCUCCAUCGAGAAGGCCAACAACCCAGGCGUGCGGGAGGUCGUGUGCAUGACGCUGCUGGAGAACAGUAUCAAGCUUCUGGCUGUGCAGGAGCUGGCUGACAGAGAAGCAUUGGAAAAGUUUUGUAUGGAGCUGAACCAGCCGACGCUGCCAAACAUCCGCAAGUGGAAGGGCCCUAGAGGAUGUUGGAAGGGUGUUGUUUCCGAAAAACCCUCAGGCCAGCUACACAAGGGAGUUGAAUAUUCUGGCUUCCUCUGGGAUACAACAGCUGGUAUUGAGCUGAAAGAUGCCUCAUCUCAGGAGACUGCACAGACUAAUGGCAACGGGAGGCACUCAUAUCCUCAUCCGUAUCUUGCACAUUUCAAGGUUGGAAUGAAUGAUCUGACCGUGGUUAACCUCCACCUGGCCUUGCCACCCUCGGCAGGGGAGAACAGCGGCAAGAACCAUGACAGCCACAAACUGGCAGCCUGUGCGCAGAGUUUGCAGGAGACUCUGAAAGGAGAAAAAGAUGUAAUAAUCCUUGGAGAUUUUAACCAGGCCCCAGACAGCAGUGACCAUGACAUCCUGAGGAAGGAGAAGUUUCACCACCUGGUCCCUUCCAGCACCUUCACCAACAUCAGCACAAAGAACCCACAAGGCUCCAAGUCGCUGGAUAACAUCUGGAUCAGUCGGAGCUUGAAAAAGGUUUUCACAGGUCACUGGGCUGUGGUGCGAGAAGGGCUUACAAACCCAUGGAUCCCUGAUAACUGGUCCUGGGGCGGCGUGGCUUCAGAGCACUGCCCUGUGCUCGCUGAAUUUUACCUGGAAAAGGACUGGAGCAGGAAGGAGGUGACGCGGAACGGGAACGGCGUGACGGUUGAACGCAACGACUCCCACACUAAGCACGAACGAUGACGUGAACUUGAGGCUGUCUCUUCUGCCACCCAGGGAAGGCUCUGGUCACUCACAGCUCCAAGGCAGAGCAGGACUGCCUUCCCCUCCCUCUCCUUCCUGCUCUCCUCCCUGCACCUAAAAAGCAUCAGCACUUGAUUUUGGUGGUCCUGGCUUUGUGCCCCUCGUGGACAGUUCUGGAUGGAGUCUCAUGGCCACAGAACAAUCUGCAACUUUUUCCAGGGACACAGUGGACAUUUCCACACCUGGAGAUUUGGAUGAGAAUUGUACAGAAAAUAAAGUGUACUUUUAAUACUGGAAAAGCUCUUUGCUAAAAUGCAGCUGAGCAGGGUUUUGCUGGGAGGGGGAGGGGGAAGUGAUGGUUAUUUUCCUUUGCCCGUUUGUAAAUUGAGGUAAUAAGAGAGGUCCCAGAAAGACAGACACUGUGGGCAUCCUUGGCAAGUCUCAAAUGCCAUUCAACACUUGCAAAAGCUGCUGGAGCUGGUCCCUAUGUGAGUCCUGAAUGGUUCCUCUGCCCCAGCCUGGAGAGACACUAUUCCUCUGCAGCCCCAUGUAGACACACCUCAUCCUUCCUUUCCUCCUUCCAUAUGCUCCUGGCAGGGUCAUUUUGCCCCAGAAUAGCUUCCUGGAACUUGACUUUGUAUUUUUGUUUGGUGCAACGUUCAGUAUUGGGUUUUCUUCCUGCACAAUAGUUUUCAGGAGCUGGGAAAGCACCAACUUGUCCCUCUGCAAAGCCAGGUCCACUUCACCAGUGCCCUUUGCCUUGCUCCCUGUUGGGGAUCUCACAGGAGCAGCCCUUGUCCUCUGGCCCUGCAGCUGGCAUCAGUGAGAUGCAGCCACGAGUCUUUGUGUAGGAACUGGUGUUCUGCAUCGAGGAGGAACAGGCCAUGCAUCCUGGAGGUCUACAGAUGAGCCCAUAUUCAUGUGAUCUCUGCAGGGGCUGGCCUGCAUGAUGCACUGGCCUCUGCUUGUUUACUUUUCUAGGAGGUUUCAGUUUCUCCCUCUGGCAGACCAGGAUGCAGUUAAUGCACCCCUUUCCUGAGCCUUGCUGCUACAUAAGCCUGGUUCACUCACCACAACAGGGGGUCCAAAUACAGCAUGGGGUCAUCCUGCAUAUGGCAGGGAUGGGGGCUGCUUCCAAGGAGGUUUGGGUUCUGUGCAUGUCCUGGGUGGGGGCACUUCAGUCAGCGCCCUGCCACAGCAUUCGCUCCGGGAAUGGAGCAUUGAAUUUGCCACCUACAUGAGACUUUUCAUGCAUCAAUGACCUAGAAGGGAAACAUAUCAGGACUUGAGAAUUUGCAAAAGAAAUAGGUUGAGUGUGAAAGGCACUGAGCUGCCCACUAACCCAGUGCCUGCUGCUCUGGGCUGCAGAUGACCACAUAUUUUGCUGCUGAGAGGAAAGUUCUCUGUUGCGGCUCACUACUCUUGACAGCAGUGCCACACCAAAGGAGAUGUUGUAACUGAGGGUUUUAGAGCAAAACAGUAUCAUAUUCUUGCAGUAAUUUUAUUACUUUAACUUUCUGAGAUAUCACCUCAUUUCUAACACCUCAAUAACAACUAAUUUCUCAACAACUAAAUAAAUUCCCAUGCAAACACA